AUGCCAGUCGACCCAGCCAAGUUAGCCAAGUUACAACAAGCUUCUGCCACCAAGAUCGGUGGUACCCGUCGUGCUGCCAAGAAGGUUGUCAAGAACGUUGAACAGGAUGACACCAAGUUGCAGGCCGCUUUGAAGAAGAUGAACGCCGAAAAGUUCGACGGUGUUGAGGAAGCUAACUUCUUCAGAGAAGAUGGUAAGGUCUUGCACUUCAACAGAGUCGGUGUCCAGGGUUCCGUCCAGGACAACACCUUCGUGUUCACUGGUAUUGCCCAGGAGAAGGAAAUCACCCAGUUGAUCCCAAACAUCUUGCCACAAUUGGGGGCUGAGAACUUGGAAAUCUUGAGAAAGUUGGCCGAAGAUAUCCAAGCUAGAGGUGGUUUGAACGCCGCCACUGCCACUGCCGCUGCCUCAGGUGAAGACAUUCCAAACUUGGUUGAAGGUGAAACUUUCGAAGACGACGUCGAAUGA